AUGGAGAAAAGUAACCGUUUUGUAGAACUGUACCGUUAUCUGCAAGACCCCCACCUUGUCGCCCGCUUUCAGCGCUUUUGUGGAGUACGCGGUUCAUUUUCGAGAACCGUCUUUGCUGGUAGUAACGUUACCAGCAGCAGCAAGGAAGCAGACCGGACUUUCUCGCACAACAACGGUGCUUGCCAUCAUCAUAUCACCGAAGAAAAUGAGAGUGAACACUUGGCCGUUAUCGGAGCUGGGGAAGGGGAGAAAGUACAAACGGCAGCAGUGGGUGUUCGAAAGAGGAUCACCGAUUCAAAUGUUCCGAAAAACAGAGGAGAGGAGAGUGAAAAUGCUCCCCAGAACGGGGCACUUGUGUCCGCUUCGACCGCCAAGGGAGAAACGGUUGGUGUGGGCAGUAACGGCCGUAGCCUCGCCGGGGCCACCGCCGCGGGUCUGGGCGCUCACAGCGGGGUCCGGCCGGACUUUUCAGAGGCAACCGAAACAGAGGAGAGAGAAACGGAGAAGAGCAGCACAGUGAAACCCCUACGCAAAAACUCUCUAACGGGCGACGCCGGGCAGGAGUUCCUCAUCGAGAACCGGUUCUUAUACUACAUGUUCACUUUCGGAACCGAGCUGGGAAACGAGCUCUUUUACAUCACCUUCUUCCCCUUCGUCGUGUGGAACGUGGACGCCUUUGUGGGCAGGAGGCUGAUCAUGGUGUGGGUCUGGGUCAUGUACCUGGGGCAGUGCACCAAGGAUGUGAUCGGGUGGUCCCGGCCCGCUUCUCCACCUGUGGUCAAAGUGGAGAUGUUUUACAACUCUGAGUACAGCAUGCCGUCCACACACGCCAUGUCUGGCACCGCCAUCCCCUUCUCCCUGUUCUUCAUGACCUACGGCCGCUGGGAGUACCCGUUCACACUGGGCUUCUGCUUGGCUCUCUGCUGGUGUCUGCUGGUCUGUGUCAGCCGGAUCUACAUGGGAAUGCACUCAGUCCUGGACGUCAUAGCCGGCGUCCUGUACAGCAGCCUGAUCCUGCUCGUCUUCCUGCCGCUGUUGGACCUGAUCGACGGCUUCAACCUGACCUGCCGCUACGCUCCGCUCAUCAUCGUCUGCCUCCACCUGGGCCUGGGCCUCUUCUCCUUCACCCUGGACACCUGGAGCACCUCGCGAGGCGACACGGCUCAGAUCCUGGGCACGGGCGCCGGCGUGGCCCUGGCCUCCCACGUCAACCACUACCUGGGUCUGAUGCCCGACCCCGCCCCGGAGCAGCUGCCCUUUGCCCUGCCCGGCCUCAGCGCUGGCCUGGUGGGUGCGGGAGUGCUGCGGCUGGUCCUGGGCGUACUGGUGCUGAUGGCCACGCGGGCGCUGAUGAAGGCCGUCACCAUCCCGCUGGUGUGCCGGUUGUUCGGGGUGCCCAGCACCGAUGUGAGGAAGGCCCGGCAGCACAUGGAGGUGGAGCUGCCCUACCGCUACAUCGUCUACGGGGUGGUGGGCUUCAACGUGCUCUUCCUGGUCCCGUUUCUCUUCAGCUACAUUAGGCUCUCCUGACUGGACCUUCAGUCAAGGCGCUGGCUGGGAAACGGCGAUGGGAACCUACCCGAUGCUGUUAUCCCCCCCCC